AUAAGAACGAAUGUUUACAAAACAAAGGCGGAUGCCAACACCAAUGCCUCAACACAUUGGGAGGAUAUGAGUGCAAGUGCAAUGCCGGUUACUCUCUGUCCAAGGACGGGAAAUCAUGCCAAUUUGGAACGUGGUGCGUAGAGAACUUGGGUUGUGACCAUCACUGUAGCUCUGGAUCUAGUCUUCAAUGCGCUUGUAGAACAGGGUAUACCCUUAUGAGUGACGGAAAACAGUGUCAACAAACGUGUGCUGUUGGAAAUGGAGGUUGUCAGCACAACUGCACAAAUUCUCCAUCUGGACCAGUCUGCAGCUGUGCUCCAAAAUACCUACUGAUGGAAAAUAAUAAGACAUGUAUAGCAUCCUGUGAUGUAAACAACGGCGGGUGCGAUAGGGAGUGUAUAGACACUAGGGAGGGGCCAAAAUGUCAGUGUCCAACGGGCUUCCAUCUGCACCAAGACGGAAAAACAUGUCUAGAUGAAGAUGAAUGUGCCAUCAAUAACGGGGGUUGUAGUCAUAAGUGUUUGAAUACAGAGGGAAGCUUUGAGUGUGUUUGUCCAAAGGGUUUUAAAGUCCAGUAUAAUCAACGGGUUUGCAUCGACAUCAAUGAAUGUGAACUCAAUACAACAUGUGACCAUAACUGUGUGAAUACACCUGGAAGCUUUUACUGUACCUGCAAAGAAGGAUAUCAAAUAUACGGUUUUACACACUGUGCAGAUAAGAAUGAAUGCCUGGAUGAAAAUGGCGGCUGUGAGCACUCUUGUCUGAAUACAGAAGGAAGCUAUCGGUGUUUCUGUGGAACUGGCUAUAAAAUACAUUCUAAUGGAAAGGAUUGCGUAGAGUGGAACAAAUGUUUGCCCUUUGAAACCCCUGCAAAGACAGUGGCCACUUGCAGGCAGUCGGGAGCCGAUCAGUAUUGUUCUCUUCAAUGCCAAGCCAACACUCAUCCGUCCGGUGUUCUGAAAAGUAGUACAUACUACACGUGUGGUGCUAGCACACAAUUCCGAUGGUCUCAUCGUAUUAAAAAUAUAGACCUGCCAUUUUGCUCUGCAAAUACGCAUGCUCCAGCUGUAACUAAAACAAUAAGAUUUGUAUUUGUGGCCGCUAGAUGUCGGGUCAAGAAACGCCUUCGACAAGAAGUCAAACAAAAUAUUACCACUCAACUUAACACAUUAAAGAAAUUCAAAUGCAGAAAUUCGUGCAAAAUAAACUACGUCCAAAUAGACUGCAAGCACAUUCCAAAGAAAUUCCGAAGACUAGCUAGGGACGUCUCUAAAACAGUUAUAGCUGGCAAAAUGGAAUUAGAAGUGGAACCUUUUGCAAUAACUAAAAAAUGUGACAUUCCCUGUACAACUAAAAGGACAGAGAGACGCCUGAAGAAAGCUUAUAAAACACUUAGAAAAAUCAGCAAACAAAGCACAGCUUUUCUUUAG